ACGAGUCCUGUGUCACUAGUUUGUCCAGGAAUAUCUAUAAGAAAAACAAAGGAACCAGUUGCACUUGGUAUUUUCCAUUCUCACCGGCCGAGGCCAACCAAGAGCAGGGCAGCAGACUUGAAGCAGACUCGCAACCGGCAUCCGAACUCUGGUGCGAACUCGAGCUUGCUCGGCCAUGCUCCAUGCCUCCCUGUGCGGCGGCGCUGCCGCGGCUGAGAUUUCGCGCCACCAGGAGUAAUAACUGCUUGUAGCCGGGGUCACGCGUCGGCCGUCGCUGCUUCCCACCUUCACCGACCACUGGCAAAAGUGAAGUGCCCCUCCAACCCAACCCAGCGCCCAGCAACAAAAAACAGGGUUGCAGGUGAGCAUGAAUUAUGGCAGCAGCACACCGCGUAGGCUUGCCGCAGUGCCCGAAAGCGUCGAGCUCGACAGCUUCGCAACGUCACUGCUGUGGCAAAGCAGCUACCGCGACACAAUCCGGAGUGUCUCCAUCGGCGCGGGCAGGUCGGCACGCUUCUACCCGCGGAGCGACGGGGAUGCUGAGAGAGCGAGUAGCUUUUCGUCGAGCGCCAGCUCGACCUCCUUACUUGCUGCAUCGUACUCUGGCUCGGGGCUCUCCUCCACCGACGGCAUGUCGUCCUUUCGCGGCUGGGGGACUGCAGGCUUCAAUGGCGUCCACGAGCUCCGGGGGAUCGCGCUCCAGAUGCUCAACGACGGUUACAUCCGAGGCAUCAUCCAAGCGUUUAGUGGCGGCUCGUCAGUGGAGGCGAACGGCGGAGGCCCUGACCACGAAAAGCUCAUCGUGGAGAGGUGGUUAUCGGAGCUAGACGUGGAAUGGAUCCUCCAUUUAGGAGCGAAUUCAGCAGUGGGCCAGGGGUGGUCGGAGUCCCCAUCCAUUUUUAUGGAAGAAGGGGCGGAAAGAAGAAGGGGAGCUAUAAUGGCAAGAGAGAUGGAGGACGAGGAGCCUCUUCUAGGCUCUCCGACGACUUCGUCCACCCUCCACACGGGGGAAGGGAAAGGAGAAGACAUGGUUCAGUUGCACCUGGACCUGGACCUGGACCUGGAAUCCCUCCGAGAUUUGAUGGAGAGGUGGAUCCGAGCCCUCCUGGUCAUGGUGCACGUGCUCUUCAUCACGUAUCUGGAGCUCCGCGCCAAGAGGUCGACCGUCGGCGGUGUCAGGACUGUCAGGAAGACCAUCCGAUACAUCCAGAUGCUUAUCGGCGUGGCAACGCCGGGAGCUACCGGCGAAACAGCAAGCAGCCAGGAGGAGGAGGUGACACUGUUCGCCCGAUUCGCCGAGGUGAGCGUUCUCAGGAUGCUGACCUUCGUCGACGCCGUGUGCCAUGCCGUACCCACCUACUAUUGGGCGCCGGAGGCGCUCCCGGGGAUGCUGCAGGUGUACGCCUGCGUCGCUGAUGCCUCGCCGACAGUCUUGGCUUUGUUCAAACAAGCCGCAAGCAGCACCACCGUGUUCGAAGGCAUGAAUGCUGCCUUCCUGAGGAAGAGAACGAACCUAAGUAACACCAUAUGGAGCUUGAUGGGCAUGGUCAGAGCUUCUUUCUUCACGGAGGAUUGCUGUCGAAUCUCGCUAGAGUCCAGUGGGCCUGGAGUUCAUGAGACCACCAGGCUGAUGAUGAACUACAUCGCGCUGCUGUGGAGCAACCAGGGCGCUCUCAACUUGGUCCUGCAGGAUCACCACUUCAGCGUCUUCGUGUCCGAGGAUGAAGGCUUCAACUCGGUGGUCAGCCUCAUCAUCGACAUGAUCUCCAGCUUGGAGAAACAUCUCGUGGACGCUUCCCAUUCCAUUGCGGAACAUGGAUUGAGGUACAUAUUCUUGAUGAACAACUGUGAUUUCAUCACGCAGCAGGUCAGAUCCUUGGACCUUCCGGCCUGGUUUCCGUCAGACGACAGCAAGAUUCAGGGCUACAUAGAUGCAUACCUGCACGCCUCUUGGACACCGGUGCUGUCUUGUUUGUACGUCGACAUACCUUUCGGUCCGCGAAGAUACGCGUCGCUAUCCAAAUUUGAGUCACAAUUCAAUACUAUUUGUGACUCGCAUAGGCUCUGGAAGGUUCCAGAUCCUGAGCUUAGGAAGAGGUUGCGCAAAGCCAUCAUCGAGAAAGUCAUUCCAUGGUAUGCCAGGUAUUUGGAGCAGCGAGCAGCGACAGGGAGGAGAACCACAUCCCGCAGCAGUACCCCACAUCAACUGCAGGAAGUCCUAGAAGAACUGUUUGAAGGAUAAAUAGCAACGACUGCUAGGCUUUUUCUUUCUAUCUAUCUUUUUCUUUCUUUCAGUUGGAUGAUUUAAGACGCCAAAAGUCCAGCUCUAUGUGUCUGCGGCUCGAGCCAAGCUCUCAAUAUCUGUCAGUUUAAUUUGCACGAAUCAUUUGUGUUUAUUACUCAACUCUGCUAUGAAAUAGUUUUUUUUAACGAACGGCACGAGAUUGUGCACGUUUUUAUUAAUAAAGAAUAGUGUUAAGUA